ACGAGGAAAAUGCCAGUGGAUUCCAGCCACCGUUCUUCCAGCUCCACUUCCCUUCCUUUCCCUCAUGAUCCUCCUGUGUUUCCCUUUGACCCCCAGCACAACCCAAGCCAGGUGCAGCACGUACCCCAUGAUGUACUGAUGCCCAGCAUGGUGGGCAAGGCACAUAAACCGUCAGGAGAUCAGAAGAACAUCCUCCAGAAACUUUUGGUUGUGCCUGACAGGGGUGAAGCUUUCCAAGGUGAAGGCUACCCAGGAGGUGGAGCAUCGAGUGUCUCUGGUCAUUGGCUGAACACAAGCUACCCUGCCAAGCAAACAGCCAUGUUACCAGAUAAACGAAUGGCACUCUGGGGGAAGCAUGCUGGCCAGCCAGGCAAGAGUUUACAGGAAGGCUUCCUCCAGCAGCCUCCACAACAACAAAUGCGUGAAUCUUACGCCGUUGGCUGCAGGCUCCCAGCCAGCACAGACUACAGCACCUUAAGAAUACCACGUGAGCCUUCUUGGGAUCCCGGUGCCUCUCAAGGUUGUCCUGUGCCCCCUUCUUCCGUUAAGGCCCCGGGUCCAAGGAGAGUUGACAUGCCCCCCGAGGAAGAUUGGCGACAGAACAGCUACACCCCUCAGCCUGGCAGAAGGCGAAUGCUGCCAAUGCAUGUGAUGGAUGGGACUUUUUCUUCUGCUUCGGAGGCACACAGAAAUACGCUGGCUCGAGCAGCUGCAGCUACUGGCACCGUGCAAAAUAAUGGCUGGUGA